CCUAAUUCCAAUCUCAAAAAAUGUCAAACCAAUUACGAGCAGUAACCCUAACACACGUUCGGUACCAAAAAGGAGAUAAACUAGGCCAUUUCUUAGCAUGGGUUUCACUAAUCCCGGUUUUCAUAACCUUCGGGGGUUUCAUCUCACAUUUCAUCUUUCGUCGUGAAUUGCAAGGAAUGUUUUUCGCAUUAGGCUUAUUAAUAUCACAUAUCAUCAGCGAAAUAAUCAAGUUCUACGUAAAACAAGCCAGGCCCGAAACAUGCAUUUUGUUAGAAAUGUGUGAUUCACAUGGCUGGCCAUCUAGCCAUUCACAAUAUAUGUUCUUUUUCGCUAUAUAUUUUGCUUUGAUGACUUAUAAAAGAUACGGGAUUAUAUUGAGACGACAAAUGUUGGUUGCGUGUGUUACUGUUUGGCCUUUAGCAUUUCUUACAAUGUAUUCUCGGGUUUAUUUGGGGUACCAUACAAUUAGCCAAGUGUUUGCUGGUGCUAGUCUUGGUUUUUUACUUGGUGGUUUGUGGUUUUGGGUUGUCAAUUGUUACAUUAAGGGGUCAGUUUUUCGGGUGAUUGAAGAGAGUUCGAUUGGGAGGUUGUUUUAUAUCAAGGAUACUUCACAUAUACCGAAUUUGUUGGAGUUUGAGUAUGACAAUGCUAGAGCUGCAAGAAGACAUCCUUCUUAUAAACGGUCCUGA